AUGAGAGAUGAUGAAUGGGAAUCUUUAUUGACUGAAGUGUCUUCAUUUUGUAACAAACAUGAGAUUUCUAUUCCAAAUAUGGAUGAAAUAUUUGUAGUUAGUGGGCUGCCACGACGCAAAGCUCUACAAAUUGCAAAUUUACAUCAUUAUCAAGUUGAGCUAUUCUACACAGUCUUAGAUAUGCAACUUCAAGAACUUAACAAUCGCUUUUCAGAAGCAAAUACUGAGUUACUUCUUUGUAUGGCUUGCUUGAAUCCUAGUAAAUCAUUCUUUGCUUUUGAUAAGCAUAAGUUGAUUCGUCUUGCAAAGUUUAUCCAUAUGAUUUUUCUGCAACAGAUUUAA